AUGGAAAUUACCAAGGGAAAUUCUGGAGAUAGGAGGGACAACAAGGGGAAAUUUGGGAAGGGGAAUGGGGUACAAUCAUCCAACCAUAAAGGGAAUGGGAACCAAAGGGGUGAGAAACCCAAGAGGAAGUAUUUCUGCAAGAGGUGUGGGAAAGACCACCCAGGGAAGGACUGUGAGGGAAACCCGGUAACUUGUCGUUACUGUCAGAAGUUGGGACACCGUGAGUAUGAGUGUUUCAAGAAGGAAGAUAAUGUUAAGUCUGGGAAGGUGAAAGAGUCUAGUGCACCUAGUAAACCACCUCAGUCUAGUGGACCUACAACCAAGGCUGGAACCAGUAGCGUCUUGUUUGAUUCUGGGGCGUCGCAUUCCUUUAUAUCUAAGAAAGUAGUUAGGAGUCUCGGGUUAGAAAGUCCUGAGUCAGUUUCUCUAGAUGUGUCUAUUCCGUCUGGGGAAGUGAGGAGUUGUUUGAGAUUGUUUUUGAGUGUGCCUAUUUCCAUCUCUAGGGUAGAGUUUCUGGCUGAUUUGAUCGAGUUUAACAUGAAUGACUUUGAUGUGAUUCUGGGUAUGGAUUGGUUGGGAAAGUAUGAAGCAAAAAUUGAUUGUGCGGCUGAAAAGGUCACCUUGACUAGCCCAAGUAAGACCAAAGUGGUGUAUAAAAAGGAAGGGAAAAGUUCAGGGUUGAGAAUUGUGUCUGCAAUGCAACUACAGAAGCUGAUAAAGAAGGGUUGUCCUUUAUUUUUGUGUAGUGUUCAAGAGGUUGAAAGUGAGGAAAAUAAAGGUGAAGAGGGUAUUCCUGUUGUAGAAGAGUUUCCAGAUGGGUUUCUGGAUGAGAUUCCUGGUAUGCCACCAGUGAGGGAUGUUGAGUUCACUAUCGAUCUAAUGCCUGGAACUGAACCUAUUUCUAAGGCUCCAUAUAGGAUGGCUCCAGCUAAGUUGAGGGAGUUGAAGACCUAG